AUGUCCGCCUGGGGCCUCCUCGACGAAAAGGAGGAGCAGGAGCUCCACAAGCGCCGUCUUCUCAACGUCGAAGAAAAGCCAUUUAAGAGAAUCACGAAGCGAGACCAUGGGACCGAGGGCGAGCAGCUAGCCGACGCGGACGACGAGCACAACAACGACAGCGACGCGGACGAGGGCGGAUCCGUCAUUCUCCAGCUCCGCGAGCUAGAGCAGCUGCGCGAAGACCUCACGCUCGACUUCGCCGCCUUCGACACGAGCAUCGCGCGGCUGCAAUUCCUCUUCGACGCCAACCGACGCGAGCGCGCCGGCUACGAAGAGAAGCGCCAGGCUAUCCUUGACGAGUGCCAAGCCUUUGACGAGCUCGCCGAGAAAAUCACCAACAACAAGUUGCUGCGGCCGAGGGAGGACCAGGUUGCCGCUUUGCGCAAGCUCGACGACGAGUGCAAGCAGCUCGAGCUCGAGAGCGAGACGUACAGCGUCACGUGGAGAGAGAGGAGGGACCAGUUCAACCGCAUCAUGGAAGAGGGCAUGCUUCUCCGGCGGCAGAUUAGGGACGAAAAGGAGGAGGUCGAGCGGCGCGAGGGCAUGGACGAGGACGGCGAGGAGGAUGGUGAGGCGUCAAGGGAUGGGCAGACGCCGAGGCCGCCUCAGAGUGGCAAUGCUACGCCUCACGUUGAGAGUGGCCAGGUGUCCCGGUCGCGUGAAGGGUCGCCCGCUGCUGGCGUGAUCGAGGGCCUGAAACCGAGGCUGGAGCUUCUCGGCGGUGCAUCUUCUGGAAGCCAGGUACCCAGCCGAUCGACGACACCCCAGCCGCCAGCCUCCCGAGACGACAUUGAGGAAGGCGAAGAUGUGGAGAUGGGAGAUGAAGAGAAGCCCGCGAGCGGCGAGACCCCAAGUAUCACGAUAGAUGCACCCGCUGUAUCAAACGGCGGCGGCGGCGGCGGCGGCGGGGACAAAAUGGAGGUGGACGGAGAGUGA